AUGGCUCCGAUUCGCGUUGGCUUGAUUGGACUUUCGAGCACAUCCACCUCCUUUGCAGCCGGAGCAUGGGCUGCGAAAGCCCACCUCCCUUGGUUGCUCAAAUCGCCGGACUAUAAGCUGGUGGCGCUCGCCAACUCUUCUGUCGAGGCGGCAAAGGCAUCUAUCAAAGCUCACGGCUUGCCUGCAGAGACAAGGGCCUACGGUACACCUGAAGAGAUUGCCAACGACCCAGAUGUCGACCUGGUCGUCGUUUCCGUGAAUGUCGCCAAGCACUAUGAUCUCAUCAAGCCGGCUCUCCAUGCUAAAAAGGAUGCUUUUGUCGAAUGGCCCCUGGGUGCCAAUACGACCGAAGCGGCCGAGCUGACAGAACUGGCAAAAGCUAAUGGCGUGAAGACGGUGGUCGGACUCCAGGCUCGUGCGGAUCCAAUCGUCAUCAAGACCAAGGAAAUCGUCCAGAGCGGUGUCCUUGGUAACCUGACCAGUUCGAACGUUGUAGUGGCAAACAGUGCAUUCCCUACACAGACUUGGUUUGCUGGAGCAGAGUACUAUCUUUCCAAAGACAGCGGUGGCAACAUGCUCACCAUCUUCUUCGGCCAUUUCGAUUUUGAAGACGCAUUACCCCACGGCGACUAUCGUGGAUGGCCAAGGAAGGUAGUCCAGGAAAACUAUCCUCGGACCGCACCGGACCACUUGCUCGUUCAAGGAACCCUCGAAAAUGGAGCUUUGGCAUCCAUCAGUGUCCGGGCAACAGAGGAAGCCGUCGAUGAUGUCGGAUUCUGCUGGGUGAUUACUGGAACUAAGGGCGAGCUAGAGUUGACCAGGCCCCCAGGUUCUUGGCAGACGGGGCCUCCGGAAGGAACUCUGCGCUUACGAGUUGGAAAGAAUGCUGCAGAGGCGAUUGACUUCUCCACGAUACAUAGUUCGGAUGUGGCCACGACAGAGGAGCCGAAUAUGGCGGCUGUUUACGAUGCCUUUGCUAAAGGGCAAGAUGAUCGUUUCUCUACUUUCGAGUCUUCUCUUCGGGUGCAUAAAUUGUUGGAUAGAAUUGUGCAGGCUUCGUAG